AGCGACUCUCCUCCCCUUAAGAGGCAGGAGACAGUCCGGAUGCUCGGCACAUCCCAGGGUGCACGGAGAGCGGACUACAGAGGUGUUACUCCCGCUGCUGCUGCUGUCGCGCCGUGUGUCGGUCCCCGCUGUCAGCCUGAGGCCAUAUGACCGAACUGGUGUUCACACCCUGAACAGCGGAUAAGGAAAACAACAAUAACAACAAACAAACAGUCGUAAGCAGGGGGCGCUGUGUUGUACGUACCAUGGCUCUCUCCUGGAGUCUGAUCCUGGGGUUCCUGUUUGCCACCCUGGCACUGUCGCACAGCGCUGAGCCCGGAACUCCUCACGGCAAGAAGAGACAGGCACAGACCUCAGCAGGGGGCGGCAACGCCCUACAGCACCCUCUGCAGGGUCUACAGGGUCACGGCUACAGCAGGGACCGUGGAGGGCAUGGGAGCCAGGGGGCCCGUGUUACCAAAGGUGGAGCCGGGCUGCUCUCUCACAGGUCCCUGCACCCCCUGGCCAGGCCUGAGGAUGAUGGGACAGGUCUGGAGGGUUUGAGCCCGGUGAGACUGGAGAUGGGCCCGGGCAGGGACAGAGACAGAGUUCGAAUGAAUGUGAGGGGUCCAUCCCAGGCCCGGGAAAACCACCUUCUGGGCACACGCAAAGGGAGAGGGCACGGACAUGGGAACGGACAUGGGCAUGGACACCACUUUGAGCACAGGAGACAUGGGAGUCGGCGUGACAAGGGCGGACGACAUGGUAAAGGGUUUCCUCCGGAGGUUGAGCUGAGGUCUGCGUUAAAGGACAGAGAUCUGUUCGAGGACCCUCCCUCCUCCUCCUCCUCCGCUGCCUCCCCCUCCUUCAUUGUGACCCCGCCCAGUGAGCCCCCCUCCCCCAACGCCGGCGUCUUUGGCUCGGGGUCCUCCAUGGUUACCACGGUGAUGAACGAGCAUCCCCCAACGUUGCCCCCGGCCUCUACCAAACCCCAGAGGUCUGGCCGAGGAAAAGGACAAGGAGAGGUGAUGCCAACGUUGGACAUGGCGCUCUUUGAUUGGACAGACUACGAGGAUAUGAAACCUGCCGACACCUGGCCUUCCUCCAGGAAGAAAGACAAGAGGCGGAGUAAGAACCUCAGCAGUGGAAAUGUGACUGUAGACGCUGACGCCAUCGAGCCGUGUGACCACCACCUGGACUGUCUCCCAGGUUCUUGUUGUGACCUGAGAGAACACGAGUGUAAACCUCACAACCGAGGCCUCAACAACAAAUGCUACGAUGACUGCAUGUGUGAGGAAGGAUUUCGUUGUUAUGCUAAAUUCCACCGGAAGCGACGCGUGACCAGGAGGAGGGGUCGCUGCGUGGUACCAGAGUCCGUCAGCAGUGACCAAGGAGGCUUCAUCACUAUCUGAUGAAAAGGAGGAGGACAAGCUGAAAGGAGGAGGAACAGGAAGAAUGACCCCAUGACCAAUCUCACAUAGAAGACAGUACAGCCAAGACAUCGCAUGACACUGCUAACAGACCAAGUGACAGCUUGUUUUUUUUUUUUUUUGUUUGUUUUUUUUUACACGCACAAUGUGAAGCAUCCAAAUGCCAAAAUCUGGUCAGUUAAACCGUAAUAACAGGUAAUUAAACUGGAAACACUGCCGAGUGUUGCAUUGUGGGACGAGCCCUGCACCCUAACCCAGCGAUUCACCAUCUUUAGGCACUUGACUGGUUCAAUUAAAAUUAAAACACAUCGGUUUUAACUCGGUUUUGUUCUCUCCAGCGUCGCCACAGGGGCAAACAGUAUGUACAGGAAAACAUGAAGAGGGACUUUUCAAAACUUACUCAGUCCACAAUGACCGGUUUUUUAUUUGUUUUUCAUUGGUAGAAAAAAAACUUUCGUGAAUUUUGGAAAAACCCUUUUUCAAACGCCUCUCGCCAUUUCUCACACAUUUGAUUGUCUCUGUCUUGCUGAUCUGAGUCAAAUAGUAUUUACAAAUAAUUUUUAGUAUUAAAUCACUGAACUGUGCUUGGAGGACCAGAUUGGUUCUUCUUCUGCUUCAGGACCUGUCACAUCAGCAGCUAAAUUGUCACUCAGAGAAGUCAUGUUUUUUUUUUUUUGUGAACAGUUUGUUUGUUGGCACUCGGCUCAUCUGGUUCUCCAAACAAACAUUAUUUGUUGAUGCUAUUUGAACCCAUCUGCUUUCCAGUAUUGUAAAUAUGAAUGUGUUUGAAUUGCCAACAGCUUUUUUUAAAAAACUGACACCACUACUCUUCAAACGUACUUUAACGAUAGAAUGAUAAACGAAGAUGCUUGUUUGACCUUCCUUAUACAUGUCUUAAUAUAUGUUUUAUUUAUAAUGUACUUAAACACGUUUGUCUAUAUAUUGUGUUUUUUCUGCCUUUUUUG